GCCAUGGCAGCCACAGCGGCGGGUGAGAACAGCAGGUUAACUGGGGUGAGAAAGAAGGGGGAUGGCAAGUUCGCCGCAACUAUGAAGCACCCGGUGACGAAGACGUUGUUGUGGCUGGGGACAUACCAGUCCCCCGAGGUCACCGCGUGCGUGUACGACCUCGCGGCUAGGGAGCUGAAGGGCGCAAAGGCAAAGCUCAACUUCUCCUACCCUCCGCCGGCCAGACUGGUUAAGGAGGUGAUCUUUGCACCGAGGCACCGCAGUCACGGUCACGACGCACCGCUCUUUCAUGUCGUUACAUUUCCACCCGACGCCACAGCACCGCCUCCACCUCCGCCCAAGCUGGUAGUUUAAUUUCCCUUCCCCUUUGAAGCGCCCGCCGGCGACACCCCACCGGUGCCUUCAUACCCGUUCCUGCACAUGCCGCUUCCGGCACGAGCGCGUCUCGGCCUGUAGCUGGCGUAGGCACCUGCUCCACAUCCACAAUAGCCGAUCCGACGGAUGCAGAUCGUGGCACAGGCCGAAAGCUGCUUAAGCUCCUCAAGGGAACCCCUAGGUGCUCCGUCUUUGCCACCUGGUGUUCAAGAAACCCAAGCUGUUCGUCGUUCCCAUCACUCCUAGUGCUCCAACAGAAGGGACUGAUGACAAUUUCACCAAGCCAUGGUAUUUCUCUGAUUCUCCUACUGUUUAGCCUCGGCUGUGCGCAAUAUGCACCGAGAUCCAAUAGUCGUGUGCCAUCAUAAUAUAUCCAGAGGGAAUCUGAAUCUAUCUAUCAUAGUAUAAGUUACAAAUGUAUUUUCAUUGUUGUUCUCAUGUGUCGCUGCCAUGUAAUGGGUUUACUGUGGUGUUGU